GAGAACAUCUGCACUUUUGUCAAGAACGAACUGAAGAAGUUCCAGCAGGUUCUGAGUCCAGAUUACCCAGAAUGCUUAGAGAGUCUGAAGGAUGAGGAUGAAGAGCAGAGGAGGAGCUCCGAGGCUUUUCUGCAGAUCACACUGAACUUCCUGAGGAGGCUGAAGCAGGAGGAGCUGGCUGAGCGUCUGCACCGCAGAAGUCAGUCUGGAGUUCAGCAGCGGAAACUGAAACGUAACCUGCAGCAGAAGUUUGAGUGUGUGUUUGAGGGCAUCGCUAAAGCAGGAAACCCCAAAACCCUCCUGAACCAGAUCUACACAGAGCUCUACAUCACAGAGGGAGGGGCUACAGAGGUCAACCAGGACCAUGAGGUCAGACUGAUUGAAAGAGCAUCCAGGAACCCACACAGACCACCAACAACCAUCACAUGUGAAGACAUCUUUAAAACACCAGCUGACAGAGAUCAGCCAAUCAGAACGGUGCUGACAAAGGGCGUGGCCGGCAUCGGGAAAACAGUGUCCACACAGAAGUUCAGUCUGGACUGGGCUGAAGACAAAGCCAACCAGGACAUCCACUUCAUAUUUCCAUUCACCUUCAGAGAGCUGAAUGUGCUGAAACAGAAGAAGUUCAGCUUGGUGGAACUGGUUCAUCACUUCUUCACUGAAACCACAGAAGCAGGAAUCUGGAUCUUUGAAGACCUCCAGGUGGUGUUCGUCUUAGACGGUCUGGAUGAGUGUCGACCUCCUCUGGACUUCAACAACACUCAGAUCCUGACUGAUGUGACAGAGUCCAGCUCAGUGGAUGUGCUGCUGAUGAACCUCAUCAGGGGGAACCUGCUUCCCUCUGCUCGCCUCUGGAUAACCACACGACCUGCAGCAGCCAAUCAGAUCCCUGCUCAGUGGGUGGACAUGGUGACAGAGGUCAGAGGGUUCAAGGACCCACAGAAGGAGGAGUACUUCAGGAAGAGGUUCACAGAUGAAGAACAGACCAACACAAUCAUCUCCCACAUCAAGAGGUCACGAAGCGUCCAUAUCAUGUGUCACAUCCCAGUCUUCUGCUGGAUCACUGCUACAGUUCUGGAGGACGUGUUGAAGACCACAGACAGAAGACAACUGCCCAAGACCCUGACUGAGAUGUACAUCCACUUCCUGGUGGUUCAGGCCAAAGUCAAGAACAUGAAGUAUGAUGGAAGAUCUGGGACAGAUCCACACUGGAGUCCAGAGACCAGGAAGAUGAUUGAGUCUCUGGGAAAACUGGCCUUUGAGCAGCUGAAGAAAGGAAACCUGAUCUUCUAUGAAUCCGACCUGACAGAGUGUGGCAUCGAUAUCAGCUCAGCCUCAGUGUACUCAGGAGUGUUCACACAGGUCUUUAUAGAGGAGAGUGGACUGUACCAGGACAAGAGGUUCUGCUUCAUCCAUCUGAGUGUCCAGGAGUUUCUGGCUGCUCUUCAUGUCCAUCAGACCUUCACCAACACUGGAGUCAAUCUGCUGUCAGAAGAACAAACCACAUCCCAGAGGUCUGGAUCUGCAGAGGCACAGUUCUACCAGAUCGCUGUGGACCAGGCCUUACAGAGUCCAAAUGGACACCUGGACCUGUUCCUCCGCUUCCUCCUGGGUCUGUCACUGCCGACCAAUCAGAGUCUCCUACAAGGUCUGAUGAAACAGACAGGAAGUAGCUCAAAGACUAAUCAGGAGACAGCUAAGUACAUCAAGAAGAAGAUCAAUAAGAAACUGUCUGUAGAGAAAAGCAUCAACCUGUUCCACUGUCUGAAUGAACUGGAGGAUCGAUCUCUGGUGGAUCAGAUCCAACAGUACUUGAGAUCUGGACGUUUCAACUCAGAUGAGCUGUCUCCUGCUGGUUGGUCAGCUCUGGUCUUCAUGUUACUGUCAUCAGAUAAAGAUCUGGAUGAGUUUGACCUGAACAAAUACUCUGGUUCAGAGGAGGCUCUUCUGAAUUUGCUGCCAGUGGUCAAAGCCUCCACCAAAGCUGUGUUGAGGAUCUGUAACCUGUCAGAGAGAAGCUGUGAAGGUCUGUCCUCAGUUCUCAGAUCCCAGUCUUCUAGUCUGAUUCAUCUGGACCUCAGCAACAACGACCUGAAGGAUUCAGGACUGAAAAUCCUGUCAGAUGGACUAAGGAGUCCAGACUGUAAACUGGAGACUCUCUGGUUGAGUAUCUGUAACCUGUCAGAGAGAAGCUGUGAAGGUCUGUCCUCAGGUUUCAGAUCCCAGUCUUCUAGUCUGAUUCAUCUGGACCUCAGCUCCAAUGACCUGAAGGAUUCAGGACUGAAGAUCCUGUCAGAUGGACUAAGGAGUCCAGACUGUAAACUGGAGACUCUCAGGUUGGAGCCCAGUGGAGUCCGAUGGUUGAGACCAGGUCUGAGGAAGUAUUUCCGUGAACUCACCCUGGAUCCAAACACAGUGAACGAACAACUCAGACUGUCUGAAAACAACAAGAAGGUGGAACGAGUGGAGGAGCUUCAGUCAUAUCCUGAUCAUCAGGACAGAUUUGACUUCUAUCCUCAGCUGAUGUGUUCAACUGGUCUGACUGGUCGCUGUUACUGGGAGGUCCAGUGGAGUGGAUGGGUGGAAGUAGCAGUGACUUACAGAGGAAUCAGAAGGAAAGGAGAGAGUGACGACUGUAGGUUUGGAAGAAAUGAUCAGUCCUGGAGUCUGGAGUGUUAUAGAGGAGGAUACAGUGUCUGGCAUAAUUACAAAUACACACGCCUCCCUCUGUCCUCCUCCUCCUCCUCCUCCUCCUCCUCCUCCUCCUCUGGUACAGUAUCAGUGUAUGUGGACUGUCCUGCUGGAUCUGUGUCCUUCUACAGAGUCUCCUCUGACAAACUGAUCCACCUCCACACCUUCAACACCACAUUCACUGAACCACUGUUUGGAGGAUUUAGACUGUGGACUGAAUCCACAGUGUGUUUGUGUGAUGUGUAGUUGUGUGUGUGUAGUUGUGUUUCAGACUGAACCCUACACACCUCUACCAUCCCAGUCAAAUAAACACUAUCACAACUCUCUGAUAAUGAGGCAGAAGAACAGAAUGAUACUGGAUUCCUGGUGUCUGUGGUCCUGGUUCCGUCGGUUCCUUUCCAACAUUAGAAACACACUGAGAUGAAGGUGGAUGGAAAUGUCUGUUUGUUCCAUUUGAUAUGUUCAUUGAAUUAUUUCAUUUUACUGAGCUGUAGAAGAGCUGAUCCAUAGAAUAGAGUCCCAUUUGUUCCUGUUCAUUGGUGUCUUUUCUGGAUUUGUUCAUUUGUUUCAAACACUGUUUGUAAAACGCUGAUUUUUGACUCACAUCGUUGGAACUAAACAUGGUGGUGUUUGUCGUGUUUGUUCAUGUCGUUCAUGUCUUUGGACGAGGAACAGCAGGUCGUCCACAAACCACCACAUGGGUGGGUCCAUCCCUGGAGGACGUCCACUUGUCCAAGUGUCCUUGAAUGUGGCAUGAAAAUUGGUCGAGGACAAAACUGGAUGAAUCCAACUGUAAUGUUCCCCCUUCACAGUCCAGUGAAACA